CGGAGCUGUCAGACUCGCGAACUUCGGUACACGUCGGUCGCUCUAUCACAAUGUCGGCGUCGGCCGCGUCGUCCCCGGCGUCGCGACAGUGAGAACGACGCGUCCGCAGCAGUAAACCAAGUUUCGUCGAGGAAACAGCUCCAGGGUGAGCCGUGUUCACGUCAAGAGAUUUAGAGAUCACCGAAGAAAAUGGCGGACCUCGAGGCGGUGCUGGCCGACGUCAGCUACCUGAUGGCCAUGGAAAAGAGUAAAUGCACACCGGCUGCCCGCGCCAGUAAGAAGAUCAUUUUACCCGAUCCCAGUGUGAGAAGCGUAAUGCACAAAUAUCUGGAAAAGAAGAAGGAAGUUACCUUCGAUAAAAUAUUCAAUCAAAUGUUUGGUUACCUCUUAUUCAAAGACUUCUGCGAGAAUGUGGCGGAGGAGCCGAUUCCGCAACUUAGGUUUUACGAGGAGAUCAAGGCGUACGAGAAGCUCGAAUGCCCGGAAGAGAGGAGAAAACUUGCCAAAGAGAUCUACGACAAUUUCAUCAUGAAGGAGCUACUGGCGCACUCCCAUGAAUAUUCCGCGGAAGCGGUGGCCCAUGUUCAUAAAUACCUCAUGAAAAACGAGGUUCCCGUUAAUCUAUUCGAGCCGUAUAUCGAAGAGAUUUUUAAACACUUAAGGGAGGAGCCGUUCAAGAAAUUUCUAGAAAGUGAGAAGUACACUCGUUUUUGUCAGUGGAAGAACGUAGAAUUAAACAUGCAGUUGACGAUGAACGACUUCAGUGUGCAUCGAAUUAUAGGCAGAGGUGGUUUCGGGGAGGUUUACGGGUGCCGGAAGGCAGACACAGGGAAAAUGUACGCAAUGAAGUGCCUCGAUAAGAAGCGAAUAAAAAUGAAACAAGGCGAAACUUUAGCGCUCAACGAAAGGAUAAUGCUUUCGGCAGUCAGUACCGGAGUGGAUUGUCCAUUCAUAGUAUGCAUGACGUACGCGUUUCAAACGCCAGACAAGCUCUGUUUCAUUCUGGAUCUAAUGAAUGGCGGCGACCUUCAUUAUCACCUCAAUCAGCAUGGUGUGUUCAACGAACGAGAGAUGAAAUUCUAUGCGGCCGAAGUGAUACUGGGAUUGGAGCACAUGCACCGCAGGUACAUCGUUUAUCGGGACCUGAAGCCCGCAAAUAUCCUCCUGGACGAACACGGUCACGUCAGAAUAUCGGAUCUGGGCCUGGCCUGUGAUUUCUCCAAGAAGAAACCACACGCGAGUGUAGGGACGCACGGAUAUAUGGCGCCAGAAGUGCUCUCGAAGGGAGUAACUUAUGAUUCCAGUGCGGAUUGGUUCUCGUUUGGUUGUAUGUUACAUAAAUUAUUGAAGGGACACAGUCCAUUCAGACAACAUAAGACUAAAGACAAACAUGAGAUAGAUCUCAUGACAUUAACUAAGAACGUCGAACUGCCGGAAACGUUUUCGCCAGAGUUACGCUCGCUGUUGGAAGGUCUACUGCAACGAGAUAUCAAUAACAGACUUGGCUGCCGAGGCUGUGGCGCGGACGAGUUAAAAGAACACCCGUUUUUCAGUGGCAUCGAUUGGCAACAAGUUUAUCUCCAGAAAUAUACGCCGCCACUUAUACCACCGCGCGGCGAAGUGAACGCCGCAGACGCCUUUGAUAUCGGCUCUUUUGACGAGGAGGAUACCAAGGGUAUCAAAUUGACGGAUGCCGAUCAAGAAUUGUACAAAAAUUUCCCUCUAACCAUCUCAGAGAGGUGGCAGGCUGAAGUAGCCGAGACUGUGUUCGAGACAAUCAAUAAUGAAGCAGACAAGUUGGAAAGUAAAAAAAAGGCUAAGCAAAAGCAACGAUUCGACGCGGAUGAAAAAGGAUCAGACUGCAUUUUACAUGGUUAUAUUAAGAAAUUAGGUGGCCCUUUCGCGAGUGCAUGGCAGACACGUUACGCAAAACUUUAUCCCAAUAGAUUAGAAUUACACCCUGAAUCCACGACGAAGCCUGAACUUGUUUUUCUUGAGCAGGUUGAAGAAGUCAGCGCAGAUCUUCAGCACGUAAAAGGAGAACAGUGUAUUGUCGUCCGUACGAGAGACGCAAAAAUAGUACUUACAAAUCCGGACGAAAUUAGCCUAAGGGAAUGGGCAUUAUCACUAAGAUCUGCACACAAAUGCUCGAUGGAAAUGUUGGGUAACAUGGCAAAGAAAGCUGGUAAGAUCUAUUAUGGGACUGAACGAGACGCAGUGAUUCCAGCGAUGCAGCGCUCCACAAAUGGCAACUAGCCCAUUGCUAAAACCUAUACGCCGUCAUCAUACUUCAGUCCCACUGCCCCCUAGCAGAAACCACAACUUUUUUUAUACUGAGAAUCAACACAAAGAGAUCUAAGAGAAUUUCCAACGAGUGAAUGACUGGCGACUGGGUGGCGACUCUCCCUGCAGCCGGCAACCCGGAACCAGAAAUAUCUAAGUCUCGGAACAGCCCCAAAGAAAAUCUCCCUUUGAUCGGCGGGUAGCGUCGCGCUGUAUAGAGACUCUAGGAAGUAGUGUCGUACGAAUCGUCACGUCGUUAUAUUUAUACGUUAGCUGUAUGUGCAAUGUGGCGUAGGAACUAGCGACUGAACAAUGCCCAUCGACACCACGCGAGCGCGCGCGCGCGCACUCACGCAAGAAUCUACACGAGAGACACGCACGCACGUACACACAUACACGUACACACAUAAAGAACACUCAAAAUGCAACCGGUAGUGUAUUAUUGUUAUAUUAAAUACGAAAUACGCCCUGAAUCCCGAUUAUACUUCUACACCGUUCUAUACCGCUCGUUUACUUAAUUUAUUUACUAAUGCAGGACGAUUUUAUAUUGUCGUUACGUAAACGAUAACACGCCCGCGAAUUCGUUUAUUUAUUGUGUUAAAGGAAACAACAGGAAAAUUUCGAACAGUUUGUACAUUGUCGGCAGCCAACCGAGGAUAACUGUAAUAAAAACACUGUACGCUCGAGUGGAUACAGGCAAGUUCGCUCCGGCAAUAAAAUUGUGCGA